CACUCAGAUGAGUGGAAGCGAUCCGUGUGGCUCGAGGACUUCACCGCCCGGGAUGCUCGUGCUCUCCUGGCCGUUUUUCAUGGGAUUAAACAUGAUUUAGAAGUUUUGUGCGUGAUGAAAACCCUCUAUGCAGAGUUUAAAUGAAGGCUUUUAACGCGGGUGUCUCCUGUUAGGACAGUUUGUGUCUACCUGAGGACGCAACAUGAAAAGUUUGCUGCUUCUCACCUUGUGUCUCUCGACGUGUCCACUCACGGUGGACGGCCGACAUCCAACCUGUAACUUCCUGCUGGAGGUGGAGAAAGACCAGGCGGAGUGUGUGAAGAGGCUGAGGGAGGAGAUGCCUGCCGGCCGUAAUAAAGAGCCGGGAUGCAAAGGAGUUUGGGACAACAUAGCGUGCUGGGAGCGGGCUGGAUUUGGAGAGACUGUCACCAUCCCCUGUCCUCGAGUACUCAGGACCAUUUUUGGCAGAAAUGGUAACAUUAGCAGGAACUGCACGACAGCAGGUUGGUCGGAGGUUUUUCCAAACAUAAGCAGCGUGUGUGGGUCGGACACGAGCCAGGACAAGCUGGUCUUCUACGUGGUUGUGCAGACGUUGUACACUCUGGGUCACAGUUUGUCGCUGAUCGCUCUCACUACAGGAAGCGCCAUCCUCUGUCUGUUCCGGAAGCUCCACUGCACCAGGAACUACAUCCACCUCAACCUCUUCAUCUCCUUCAUCCUGAGAGCCGUGGCUGUGCUGGUGAAGGACGACAUCCUCUUCAACCGAACCACGCAGUGCUCCAGCCAGCCGUCUCUGGUGGGAUGUAAAGCCAGCCUGGUAUUUUUCCAGUAUUUCAUCAUGGCCAACUUCUUCUGGCUGUUGGUGGAAGGUCUCUACCUCCACACUCUGCUCGUCGUCAUCUUCUCUGAAAACCGACACUUUAUUGUCUACAUGUUCAUCGGUUGGGGAAUCCCUACUGUGUUCGUGUCUGCCUGGGUGAUGACCAGGAUUUAUCUGGAAGACACAGGGUGUUGGGAAAGAAACGACAACCCCAUACCCAACUGGGUGAUCAACGGACCAAUCGGAUUCUCCAUCAUGGUUAACUUCAUCCAGUUCAUCAGCAUUAUUCGGAUCUUGGUUCAGAAGCUGCGGUGUCCAGAUGUUGGAGGCAAUGACCAGUCACAAUACAGGAGGCUGGCCAAGUCCACACUCCUGCUGAUCCCUCUGUUUGGGAUUCACUACGUGGUGUUUGUGUCUCCCAGCGAGUCCAUCGCAGAAGCUUAUAAAAUAUUUUUUGACCUCGCCCUCGGAUCCUUUCAGGGUCUGGUUGUGGCCAUUCUCUAUUGUUUCCUGAACAGUGAGGUUCAAGGGGAGCUUAAGAGGAAGUGGCGGAGCAUGUGUCUGAACUGCCAUCUGAGCAGAGCUCAUCCCUGCAACAACAACGUUGCCUCCAGGAACGGCUCGGAGCACAACAUGCCGUUUCACCGCCACUCAAGAGCCCAGUCCAUCCUGCAGUCAGAGACCACCAUGCUGUGAGGACAUGAGAGGUGUCCGACACACACAUAAAAAACAAAAGCAAAAAAAAAAAACAAAGUAGUUUUACAAAUAAAAAUAAAAAAGAAAUGCUGUAACCUCUGAUGAAGUACUACACGGGUGGGACUCCUGCAUGGUGUUUGAGCAGAUUUUGGGUUUAGCUUUACAAACCUCUGUGGACCUUCAAGUGUCCUCUUAAUUGGACCAAAAGCUGUUAGGAUCCCUCCCAUGAGAUGCACUUGUGUUUACACAGAAAGACUGCUUAAC